AAGCCCGAAAGAAUGAAACCCAGUGAAAAGUCUGGGAGUCACAUUAGUACCGCAGUCAGGACUUCCAGGUCAUCCGUUAAGCGAAAUGAUCUCGACUCAAGAAAGAAGGAGGAUGAAGAGCAUACACAGCAGGUGUUUGAAGAGUUUGUUGCCACUUUUGAGGAACCGUCGAAAAGUCGGGCAUGGGUUAAAGGUGGCAUUGUUAACCCAUCAUCAGGCUCUUCAGAGGACUCAAAGGGAACCAGUCGUAUAUACAGACCCGUUUCUAGACUAGACUUGAAACCCAAGACUGAAGAACAGAACGUGGCCGAUAAGAAGUCAGCUGAAAAGCCACCUGCGCUUGGGAAAAAGAAAGGCCAAGAACAAAAGAAAUCCAAGCUGGAACAAUUUAAAGAAGAGCUUAAAUUCAGGAUUCAGCAGCAAAGAGAACAAAGACAUGCUAUGAGACAAGGAAGGAAUCAGUUGUCCACACAGUCUGAGCUAGACCUUUCGGAAGUUGGAGCUCGUGGUCGCGAUUAUCGUAGAGGUUCUUCAAAUUCUCAAUGUGGGGACUCGAGCAUGAGUUCUCAUAGUAACAACGCGCCUCCAAGCUUUUACUCAAGGCGAAAUCAAAAUGAUCGUCAUGAUGUCGAUUACCCAUAUGACUACGAUGGUGAUAGGACAACUACUAAUCUUUUUCUUGGAAAUCUAAACCCUAAGAUGACGGAGCAACAGCUGUGCGAAGCAUUUGGUCGUUAUGGCCCUUUGGCUAGUGUGAAAAUUAUGUGGCCCCGAACAGAGGAGGAACGUUCAAGAGGUCGUAACUGCGGAUUUGUUGCCUUUAUGAAUCGAAAAGAUGGUGAAAGGGCUCUUGAUAAUAUAAGAGGGAAAGAACUUAUGGGUUUUGAAAUGAAACUGGGGUGGGGGAAAAGUGUCCCAAUACCCUUGUAUCCUGUGUACAUUCCUCCUGCACUGCUCGAGUUGGUCAAACCUCCUCCUCCAAGUGGACUUCCGUUUAAUGCCCAACCAAGGGACUGGUUAAAGUCAUUUCGUUUGGCAAUUAAAGAGCGUGCCAAACUUGUGACUGAUGGUGCGGAUAGUGAUAGCGCACCACCACCACCAGCUCCAGAUAGGAAGCCAUAUGACGUCAACAAAAUGUCAGAUGAAGAACUUACUGAGGUCCUUCGUGACGCAGUGGUUAAGGUCGUUAUGCCAAGUGACAGAUCCAUACUUGCUCUGAUCCAUCGUAUGAUUGAAUUUGUCGUCCUCGAAGGUCCUCAGUUUGAGGCCGCAAUUAUGCACAGAGAAACUAACAAUCCAAUGUUUAAAUUUCUUUUUGAUUAUCAAUCCUCGGAGCAUGCUUAUUACCGUUGGAAAUUAUGGUCUAUUCUGCAUGGUGAAAGUGUGACGAAUUGGCGUACAGAUGAAUUUCGGAUGUUUGAAGGUGGUCCACUUUGGCGUCCGCCUCCUGUGAACUUGUUUUCAGGUGGCAUGCCUGAUGAUCUUGUUGAAGAAGACGACUACCCUUACGCUCCAGGAUAUGUUCCGCCGCCUCAAAGUAGACGACGUGAAUCAGAAGACUCACAAGAAGAGGUCCGUUUAGAAGCUGCCGCGGCGUCACGUCGUUGUGGUCUAACAGAAGCACAAAGGGGUCGCUUUACUCAAAUGCUUGAGGAUCUCGAACCUUCUCGUACUAAAAUAGGAGAGGUUAUGGUUUGGUGUUUAGAACACGCUGACUCAGCCUCUGAUAUUGCUUUGUGUUUAGUCGAUUCUGUUGCUCCAAAUGCGAAUUUAACUUCAAGUCAGUCGGAUAAAGAAACAACUCCAGCAGAUGAUAACUCUGUUUCUAACUCAAACUCUAAUCGUGAUUCGCCUGAUCGAGAAAAGUCACAGUCAAUGAACAUAAAUAAGUUGGUUGCCCGUUUAUUUUUAACUUCCGACAUACUGUACAAUUCAUCAGCCAAGGUUCCAAACGCUUCGUUUUUCAGAAAAUGUUUUGAAACUUGCCUACCAGACAUGUUCAAAAACUUGAAUUCUUAUUAUAAGAAUGUUGAAAGAAAAUUAAAGGCUGAACAGUUGAAGCAAAAGGUGAUGCUUUGCUUUCGUGCUUGGGAAGAUUGGGCGGUAUAUCCAAAUGAAUUCCUUAUCAAAUUACAGAAUAUUUUCUUAGGACUUGUGUGCGAGGCUGUGGAUGACGAGGCUGAUCUGGCAGGUGUUCCACUGAAUUUAGAGGAGGAUGAGCACACUGAAGGCUGCAUCAAAAAAGUGGGGUUUUUGAAUUCAGAUGUUGAAGUUCUGGAAAGUCAGCCAUUAGUACAGUAUGACGGAGAUCCUCUAGAUGUUGAUGGAAGCCCUCUAGAUAAUGAGGAUGCAUCUCCAUCACCAGUACGAUCGAAAACGUCUAAGUUUAUUCCGAAUGUAGUGGAAGAUGAAGCGAAACCGACUGGAAAUACUUCAAAUCGUUUAUUUGUCCCAAGUAAAUGGGAAACUGUUGAAACUAUUGAACCGGAGAUAACUGCAUCUACAAAUAUUUGGGAAUCAGCAUCCAUUACUGAAACAGAGAAUAACGAGUCCAAUGAUAACAUUCAGUCUACUCCCAGUCGCCAACAAAAACAGACAAACGGUUUGAGUCUAGCUGCAUCUUAUGCCUCUGAUGAAGCGGACGGAAUCCCAAUUGAUACAAGCCGAUGGAGUAAUAAUAGUCCUACGAAUAAAGUGGAUGAUGAUGUAGAUGGAGAGCCAUUACAGGUUUGUGGGGGUCUUGUUGCGUAUGAUGAUGAGGAUGCCGCCAGUCCUGUUCCUAGUGAAUCUAGUCUUUCACCUACCGUUCCUGUACAGGUUUCUCAAACAGUGUGUUCCUCCCUCACGUCUACUGUGACUCAUGUAACUUCAGCACCUAGUACAUCGUCAACGACUGUUUCGGAAGAGCGCCGUGCUAUAUUAAGGGAAGUUGAACUCAAGGUACUAAAGUACCAGGACGAGUUGGAGGCAAGUCGUAAAGGUGACAAGACGGUUACAGAUGAAGCUAUAAAUAAACAAAUUCAGCGGUACAGAGAGCGACUUCUGGAAAGCCUAAUGGCAAAUGAACAUUCUUCCCAUAAAAAGGAACAUAAAUCCGUUCAUCGUAGCAAACCGAAGUCCUCCAAAAGCACCAAAGAUAAAGGCGGUUUAACUCCACAUCAGUCGAAAUAUCAGUCGAGAAGCCGUGACAUGUCUUCCUCCCCUACACGAAGAGAUUCGAGGGAUCGGUCACCUCCGCGCUCUUUUCGCGAUCGGGACCGAACUCGUCGACGACACAUGUCGCCUUCUGGGAGUUCGGGCUUGGGUGAUGGUAGUAUUUAUGGUAGUCCUGUUCGUAUGGAUUCACACAGUUUGAGUGAGCGUCGGAGAACUUCUGCAGGUGGUUGGGAGCCUGAUUCUGCAGAUGAGCUGAACUAUUCAGCUCAUGCGGAUGACAUGGAGGAAGGAGAAGCUAGUGAGGAUAAUGAUGGAGUAGCAUUGUCUUCAAGUCAAUCUUAUGGCAUAACAGCAUCUAAGAAAAGACGUCCUGUGCAUAAAUCGAAUCGCAAACGACAUCGUUCACGCAGUCCAGAUUCAACUGCCAUUCAUAAUCGUCACUCUCAUCGUUCUCCAUCUCCAUCUAGGAAAAAGAUCCAUUCGUCGGAUUCAGCCUCCAGAAGUUCAAAGCGAAAAUAAUUAUUAUCCCAAGUGUUUUGCACAGAUGGCGUUUAAAGCCGCACCGUUGUACAGUUCCUAAUCUUUUCUCUAAUUUUAUGGUCUUUUUUCUUUGUGUUGGAGCCAAAUUAUGAUGUAGUAUAACAUUUAUCUUCGAAAGUCAAUAAAUUAUGAUCAAGUUCAUUAAAGUUUUUAACCGUCGUUUGAAUGGGUUGUCAUCGAAUUCACUGAGCAUUGUUGUGUACAUAAUUGUUUCGUUCAAAACUAACAGGUAAUUCGCUAUUCUAUGACACUUUUAAUACUGCAUGGACACUUGGUCGUUUACUUCAGGGGAUAAUGGUGAUUUGAAUAUCCAGAAGUUGUAUUCUGAUUAUAAUUUGUGUGAUUUAAUUUGACGUAAUCGCUUCAGUGAAUACUAGGUGUUUGAAAUGUGUUAGGUUCAUAUGUUCCUAGUAUUUCGUCCCUUAGUUGUGAUGUUCUCUACACGAACUUGCUUCGUUUUUGGUAGAGCAUGCUUUAUAUUUAUUUUACUGACUACUGCAAAACAACUUCAGGGCAAGAAAACCUUCGUAAAUAUGAAUGUCAGUGUCUUGUUGACAUAGUGUAUUUCCAGGCUAUCUGCUUUACUGUCGUGAACUCAGUUUGCUUAGCAGGAUAAAGUGGUCAGACUCUGAAUUUGUGUUAUAGUUCUCAAAUUCUUUCUUGUUUUAAGUUUUUAAAUAUUCACUUACCACUGAAUGAGUAACUGAGGACAUCAACUAUGCAAUCCCUGUAUUUUCAUUUGGAGUAAAGCAUGCUGAAUAAUAUUUCGUGUUCUUUGAUUACUUCAAUUGAAAUUUAGCCACUAAGUGUUCCCAAGCAACUCUAGCUUACUGACACGAAAUAAUGCAGUUGACUGAAUAUUUUCAUCAGUCUUUAUCAUCACUUGUUGUUACUAUCAUUGUCUAAUGAUAUAUUUGUACGUUGCGAUGAUUCGUGUUAUUUGUUGGCUUAGUUAUAUUUUCAGGACACUAUCAUCUUAACUUGUUCAAAUUGCUGUUCGUAGUUUGUUGUUGUGGUCAGUGGCGUGUGUGCAUUUAAAAUAAUAAUUUAGUAACUUACUUCAAUUGUAGUGACUUACAAAUAUAGUAAUGUUGUAGGCAAUCAAUUUUACAUGAAUCUGUUGGAUAUUAUUCAUCAUUUUGAAUUGAAGCUUUUCGCCUCGUCGUAUAAAAGUAAUGGCAGUAGGAUGCUGAUAAGGCCCAAAUUAGGACGCAUGACAGGCGUUGUUAGUUUUUCCGUCUGUUGUUUGACGACAUACCGUAGCAUACAUAGGGAUAACAUUAAAUUCAUUAUUUAUACACUACUAGCCAAUCCUUUCGCCUGCCUAUUUUGAGUCUGCAGGGAUUUUAUGGGAGUAAGACUGCAACGGGAACUAAACUAAGCAUGAUUUGUGGAGGACUGUAUUUAGCGUACGUGUUUUCAUCUUUAUAAAGUAAGAUGUGAGUUUCAGUUAUUUGAUUGUCUACCUCAAAAAUUGCAGCAAUACAUCCCCAGAUCAAGGUCAAUACAUAGAUCAGUUGUGCUGUGCAUUUCCUUUUUUGUCUUUCACAUAUACAUAUUUACUUUCCAAAAUUUAUUUGUUUGUUUCAUUAGGUUUUCUGAAGAUAACUAAUAAAAAUUUAAUAAAUUAUUAACACCUCCUAAGGACAAGAUUUUGGUGCAGUGACGAAAAUUUCCGAAGAAAUACCUUCUUUCUUUGACAAAUCCAUGCUUUCGCGGUGAGCAACUUGUGAAGUGUUGACAAGCAGAUAAUACUAUUGAGAUGAUUAACAAAUAUGACGAGAUAGGAAUAUGUAUAACGAAUGUAGUAACUUUAUUUCUGUUCCUCCUACUAUUUUGUUAUAUGAGAUUCCAUGCGUGUAAAUUUUGUAAUCUAUAGUAUUCUCAUCGAUAUAAUUUUGUGAUAUCC